CCUGAAUGCUCAGCUCAUCACACAGAUACAACACGUGUCAUUGCGGUCACCCUUCAUGUCUCCACUGAGUGUCAGUUGAGUGAUGAACUUCGGCAGGGAGGUGGCCCGACAGACCAGUUGUUACACAUAUGUGAUAGAGGAUGAGGAUCCAGCCCUGGCGAGACUAAAUGUAUUCGAGCUGGCUGAGAAGGGUGACCUGGCUCUCCUGGAGAACCUGGUGAGGAAGUGUCCAGAGGUCCUAAGUGAGAAAGAUGAAUGUGGGGCUAGUCCCCUUCAUCACGCCGCAGCAGGUGACUGCGUCGACCUCAUCCAAUUCAUCACCACCGUCAUAGACUCACAGGACCUGAACAGCUGUGAUGAGCAGGGCAAUGUGCCGCUACACUGGGCAGUGGAGAAAAACAUGGCGGGGAGCUGCCGGGCUCUUCUGGACCUGGGGGCCGACCCCAACAUCCUCAACACGGCCCUCCAGUCCCCUCUGCACCUGGCUGUCUGCCUCGGACACAACGACCUGGUGGAGCUGCUGGUAUCCUACAGUGCUACAGAUUGCAAUCUUGAGGGAGACCUUGGGAACACCCCAUUGAUUCUCGCCUGCUCCCUCAAUAACUUUGAGGCUCUCACCAUAUUGUUAAAGCAUGACAGAGCGCGGCUCUGCAAACAGAACAAGCUCGGCCAUUUCCCUAUGCACGCGGCUGCCUUCGCAGGUGCAAAGAAAGCCAUGGAAGUGAUCCUGAAGGCUGGAGAGAAGUUCGGCCACCAAGCUGAAUCUCACAUCAACUAUUUAGACAAGUCCAAGAGCAGUCCCCUCCAUCUGGCUGUACGUGGCGGGAAUAUCGAGACUAUCCGUUUCUGCAUUGCUGCUGGGGCCAAAGUUGACCAGCAACAGAAUGACAGGUCCACGCCGCUUCAUUUGGCCUGCACCCAGGGGGCUACUGAUGUAGUCAAACUGAUGUUGUGCUCCUUUAACCAAGUGGACGAUGUCAUCAACCUAACUGAUGGUGCGGGUCAGACUCCUCUACACAGGGCUACAAUAUUUGACCACACAGAGCUGGCUGAGUACCUAAUUUCUUUGGGUGCAGACCCUAACAGCAUGGAUUGUAAAGGAAACUCUCCCUUGCUGCUGGCUACGAGCUGUGGAGCGUGGAGAACUGUGGCUCUGCUACUGUCAAACGGGGCAAAUGUCAACGUGAAAGACAUAUGCGGUUGUAACUUCCUUCACCUGGCCAUUCUCCAGCCCAAGGGUCUGAAAAACCUCCCACAAGAAGUACUGCAGCUUGGCAGUGUGAAGGCGCUGCUGAGCUGUGAGGAUAAUGAGGGCUGCACCCCUCUCCACUACGCUUGCAGACUGGGCAUCCAUGACUCAGUGAAGAACAUGCUGGGCCUCUCGGGGCAGGUCGGCCUCGCUUGCAAGUCGAAGGACAAGAAGUCCGUCCUGCACUUUGCUGCUCAGUACGGGCGCAUCCAUACAUGUCAGCGAUUACUGGAGACCAUCACAGACUCUCGUCUGCUAAAUGAAGGUGACGAGCGAGGCCUGACACCGCUCCAUUUGGCUUCAAAGGAGGGGCACACCAAGGUGGUACAGUUUCUGCUGCGCAAAGGAGCUCUCUUUCACAGUGAUUACAAGGGCUGGACCUGUCUGCACCAUGCUGCAUCUGCAGGAUACACACACACGAUGGACAUUCUCCUGUCAGCCAAUCUCAAGUUACUGGAUAAAAUAGAUGAGGAUGGGAACACUGCAAUCCACAUCGCAGGAAGAGAGGGACAUGUGGCUGCAGUCAGGCUCCUGCUGUCUCACGGAGCAGAGCUCACCUUAAACAACAAUGACAUUUCGUUCCUCCAUGAAGCUCUGCAAAAUGGGAGAACAGAUGUGGUCAAUGCCGUAAUUGACAGUGACAGAUCACAUGAGGCUUUGUGCCUGUUCAAACCUGGCUCUUCCCAUGGAAGUCCCAUACGAGACAUGAUUGAGUUUCUGCCUGAGACCACCAAGCACCUAUUGGACUGCUGUGUGAGGGAAUCUGAUGAUGAUCACAACAGUCCUGACUAUCAUAUUGAAUACAAUUUCAGGUGGCUCCAAGCUCCCAUUGCUACAAUGAAGUAUAACAAGGACUACAGCAUUCAGCCACUAGCUGCACUCAACGCGAUGGUGCAGUACAACCGCAUUGAACUCCUCAACCACCCUGUCUGCAAAAAGUACCUAGCAAUGAAGUGGUCUGCAUAUGGGAGCCUGGCUCAUGUGAUUAACAUGUUCAUGUACAUGUUAGGCCUGCUGCCCCUCACUCACCUGAUAGUGACUCUGAGGCCCAGUAUGAACAUCACUGACACGGGCGAGCACCGUAUCAUCAUGGUGGAAGUAUCUUUCUUUGAGCAAAGUAUGCUCUUGUCCUCCUCUAUGGUAAUGGUAUUGGUCAUCAGCGUCUACUCCGUGAUGAAGGAAUUGGUGCAGAUAUCACAACAGCGCUGGAAUUACUUCAAGGAUUAUUCCAACCAGAUUGACUGGAUUUCUACAAUCCUCUGUCUUUGGUUCAUAAUUCCCACCAUCCUCAAUGUAGAUGGUUCUUUACACUGGCAAGCAGGGUCCAUCGCAGUUUUAAACUCCUGGCUUGGAUUUCUUCUUUAUCUCCAGAGGUUUGAGGGCAUUGGCAUCUAUGUUGUGAUGUUUUGGGAGAUCAUGAGGACCCUGGGCCGUAUUGUGAUGCUGUUCUUGUUCCUGGUGUUAGCAUUUAGUUUGGCGUUCCAUGCUCUGAUGCUAAACCAGAAAGAGUUUGACACCGUGCCGCUCUCUGUGAUGCAAACGUUUGUGAUGAUGGUCGGGGAGCUGAACUACCAAAGUAACUUCCUGGAUGCUUAUCUGAAGAAUGAACUUCCUUUCGGCUUCUUGACUUACUUUGUUUUUGUGCAGUUUGUUAUGCUUAUGCCAAUACUGCUGGUGAACCUGAUGAUCGGUCUAGCUGUUGGAGACAUUGCUGAAGUACAAAGAAAUGCAGCCCUGAAAAGAAUUGGCAUGCAGAUUGAGCUGCACACCACUCUGGAAGACAAGCUGCCUUAUUGGUUCAUGAAGCGAGUUGACAAACCCUUCCUUAUCAUCUACCCUAAUCACCGCUGCUCCAGGAACUAUAUUAAGCAGUUACUCACAGGUGAAGAGGAGAAAAUUGAUGUCUGGAAUCAACUGCAGGUCAAAUCAAAGAGCUGCAGUGUGAUAGAGAAUGAGCUCAGGAAGCAGAAAUGCAGGACAAAGGAGAUGUCAAGCAUGAUGGAGAAGCAACACAACCUCCUGAAGCUCAUCAUCCAGAAGAUGGAGAUCACCUCAGAGGCCGAAGAGUACGAUGGCCCCGUUAACGUCAGGGGCAACAUGUGGCCGAGCUUGAGCCAGGCUAAGCCAAGAAGACAUGGCACGUCUCGGUGGGCCCCUCUGAUAAAGGCCAUCGAGUCCAAAAAAAGCUGAAGAGUAUGGGACAAUUAAAAUGUCUUAUCAUAGCAACAACUAUAACCCUUUACGAAGUUAUUUAUCACAUUUUAAAAGUAUAGGUAUAAAGGGUAUAAUUAUGUGACUACUUAACUACUGUAACAGUUAAUUGAAUGAAGUGCUUUAAUGUUGAGUUGCCUUAACUAUUGUGUGAUUUGACACUGAAUAGUUUUGGUAUAGUAUUGCUGUAGAUGUUAUUAUUGUAGUCUGAAACAGUAAGUUUCGCUCGUGACCCACUGAUGAACAAAUGUAUUAAGUCCUUCUGUGGUGUGUUUACAGUGCUGCCAUAUUUCUAUUAUGCACAAAGUGUGGCUGUUUUUGAGAAUGCUGUAAUGUGGCUUUAUGUGCAAGGGAUGUUAUUAAACGGAGCUAAG